CGGGCGCUUCCUAGUCGGCGCGGGCGGCAGCCCAGGCGAGGUGCGGCCUCCGCACAGGCGGGGGCGUCGGCUCGAGGGGCCCGCCAUGGCCGCGUCGGAGCUCUACACAAAGUUUGCCAGGGUUUGGAUACCUGAUCCUGAGGAAGUUUGGAAGUCAGCAGAACUGCUUAAAGAUUAUAAACCAGGAGAUAAAGUCCUCCUGCUUCACCUUGAGGAAGGAAAAGAUUUGGAAUACCGUCUAGAUCCAAAGACCAAGGAGCUGCCUCACUUACGAAACCCUGACAUACUUGUUGGUGAAAAUGACCUCACAGCCCUUAGCUAUCUUCAUGAGCCUGCUGUGCUCCAUAAUCUCAGAGUCCGCUUUAUUGAUUCCAAACUUAUUUAUACAUAUUGUGGUAUAGUCCUAGUAGCUAUAAAUCCCUAUGAACAGCUACCUAUUUAUGGAGAAGAUAUUAUUAAUGCAUAUAGUGGUCAGAACAUGGGUGAUAUGGAUCCACAUAUCUUUGCAGUAGCGGAAGAAGCGUACAAGCAAAUGGCCAGAGAUGAACGGAAUCAGUCCAUCAUUGUAAGUGGAGAAUCUGGUGCAGGAAAAACAGUCUCAGCUAAGUAUGCCAUGCGAUACUUUGCAACUGUAAGUGGUUCUGCCAGUGAGGCCAAUGUUGAGGAAAAGGUUUUGGCCUCCAACCCCAUCAUGGAGUCAAUUGGAAAUGCUAAAACAACUAGGAAUGAUAAUAGCAGCCGUUUUGGGAAGUAUAUUGAGAUUGGCUUUGAUAAGAGAUACCGAAUCAUUGGUGCCAAUAUGAGAACUUACCUUUUAGAGAAAUCCAGAGUGGUGUUCCAGGCGGAAGAGGAGAGAAACUACCAUAUCUUCUAUCAGCUUUGUGCCUCAGCAAAGUUACCUGAAUUUAAAAUGCUGCGAUUAGAAAAUGCAGAUAACUUUCAUUAUACGAUGCAAGGAGGCAGUCCUGUGAUUGAAGGAGUGGAUGAUGCAAAGGAGAUGGCACACACCAGGCAGGCCUGCACUUUGUUAGGAAUUAGUGAAUCUUAUCAAAUGGGAAUUUUCCGAAUACUUGCUGGCAUUCUUCACUUAGGCAAUGUUGGAUUUACAUCUCGAGAUUCAGACAGCUGCAUAAUACCUCCCAAGCAUGAACCUCUCACCAUUUUCUGUGACCUCAUGGGCGUGGACUAUGAGGAGAUGUGUCACUGGCUCUGCCAUCGGAAGCUGGCUACUGCCACAGAGACAUACAUCAAGCCCAUCUCCAAGCUGCAGGCCACGAAUGCCCGUGAUGCUUUGGCCAAGCACAUCUAUGCCAAGCUGUUUAACUGGAUUGUAGAUCAUGUCAAUCAGGCCCUCCAUUCUGCUGUCAAACAGCACUCUUUUAUUGGUGUACUGGACAUUUAUGGAUUUGAAACAUUUGAGAUAAAUAGUUUUGAACAGUUUUGCAUAAAUUAUGCAAAUGAAAAACUACAGCAACAAUUCAAUAUGCAUGUCUUCAAAUUAGAACAAGAAGAAUAUAUGAAGGAACAAAUUCCAUGGACGCUCAUAGAUUUUUAUGAUAAUCAGCCUUGUAUUAAUCUUAUAGAAUCUAAACUGGGCAUUCUAGAUUUGCUGGAUGAGGAAUGCAAGAUGCCUAAGGGUACAGAUGACACUUGGGCCCAAAAAUUGUACAACACACAUUUGAACAAAUGUGCUCUCUUUGAAAAGCCUCGUCUAUCAAACAAAGCUUUCAUCAUCCAACAUUUUGCUGACAAAGUGGAAUACCAAUGUGAAGGCUUUCUUGAAAAGAAUAAAGACACCGUUUUUGAAGAACAAAUUAAAGUUCUUAAAUCAAGCAAGUUUAAGAUGCUACCAGAACUAUUUCAAGAUGAUGAGAAGGCCAUCAGUCCAACCUCAGCCACCUCUUCAGGGCGCAUACCCCUCAGCCGCACGCCUGCCAAGCCUACCAAAGGCAGACCAGGCCAGAUGGCCAAGGAGCACAAGAAAACAGUGGGACACCAGUUCCGAAACUCCCUUCACCUGCUUAUGGAGACACUCAAUGCCACUACCCCUCACUAUGUGCGCUGCAUUAAGCCGAAUGACUUCAAGUUCCCAUUCACGUUUGAUGAGAAGAGGGCAGUGCAGCAACUGAGAGCAUGUGGUGUCCUGGAAACCAUCAGAAUCAGUGCAGCCGGUUUCCCCUCACGGUGGACUUACCAAGAAUUUUUCAGCCGCUACCGUGUCCUAAUGAAACAAAAAGAUGUGCUGGGUGACAGAAAGCAAACAUGCAAGAAUGUGUUAGAGAAACUGAUAGUGGACCAGGACAAAUACCAGUUUGGUAAGACAAAAAUCUUUUUCCGUGCUGGUCAAGUGGCCUAUCUAGAAAAACUGAGAGCGGACAAACUGAGGGCUGCCUGCAUCCGGAUCCAAAAGACCAUCCGAGGGUGGCUGCUGCGGAAGAAGUACCUACGCAUGCGCAGGGCGGCCAUCACUGUGCAGAGAUACGUGCGGGGCUACCAGGCCCGAUGCUAUGCUAAGUUUCUGCGCAGAACCAAGGCAGCAACCAUCAUUCAGAAGUACUGGCGCAUGUAUGUGGUCCGCAGGAGGUACAAGAUCAGACGAGCUGCCACUAUUGUUCUUCAGUCUUAUUUACGAGGCUACUUGGCCAGAAAUAGGUAUCGCAAGAUACUCCGUGAGCACAAAGCAGUCAUCAUUCAGAAGUGGGUCCGGGGCUGGCUGGCUCGCACACACUACAAGAGGAGCAUGCAUGCCAUCAUUUACCUUCAGUGCUGCUUCCGGCGGAUGAUGGCCAAACGUGAGCUAAAGAAGCUCAAAAUUGAGGCUCGCUCUGUGGAGCGCUAUAAGAAGCUCCACAUUGGCAUGGAGAAUAAGAUCAUGCAGCUACAGCGCAAAGUCGAUGAGCAGAACAAAGAUUACAAAUGCCUCAUGGAGAAACUGACCAAUCUGGAAGGAAUCUACAACUCUGAGACUGAGAAACUACGAAGUGACUUAGAACGUCUUCAACUAAGUGAAGAAGAAGCUAAGAUCGCCACUGGGCGGGUCCUUAGUCUACAGGAAGAAAUUGCUAAGCUCCGGAAAGACCUGGAACAGACUCAGUCAGAGAAAAAAUGCAUUGAGGAACGUGCAGAUAGGUACAAACAAGAAACAGAGCAGCUGGUAUCAAAUCUGAAGGAAGAAAAUAUUUUGCUGAAGCAGGAAAAAGAAACCCUCAAUCACCGUAUUGUGGAGCAGGCUAAGGAGAUGACAGAAACUAUGGAGAAGAAGUUAGUAGAAGAAACAAAACAACUGGAACUUGAUCUUAAUGAUGAAAGGUUGAGAUAUCAGAACCUUCUGAAUGAAUUCAGUCGCCUAGAAGAACGAUAUGAUGAUCUCAAGGAAGAGAUGACCCUCAUGGUGAAUGUGCCUAAGCCUGGACACAAGAGAACUGACUCCACCCACAGCAGCAAUGAGUCUGAAUAUACCUUCAGCUCUGAAAUUGCAGAAACAGAAGACAUGCCAUUGAGGACAGAGGAGCCAAGCGAGAAGAAGGUACCCCUGGACAUGUCAUUGUUCCUCAAGCUCCAGAAGCGGGUCACAGAGCUGGAGCAGGAGAAGCAGGUGAUGCAGGAUGAGCUGGACCGCAAGGAAGAGCAGGUGCUCCGCAGCAAGGCAAAGGAAGAAGAAAGACCACAAAUUAGAGGUGCAGAACUGGAAUAUGAGUCACUCAAGCGUCAAGAACUAGAAUCAGAAAACAAAAAACUGAAAAAUGAACUAAAUGAGUUACGCAAGGCCCUUAGUGAGAAAAGUGCCCCAGAGGUGACGGCUCCAGGUGCCCCUGCGUACCGUGUCCUCAUGGAGCAGCUGACCUCCGUGAGUGAGGAACUCGAUGUCCGCAAGGAGGAAGUCCUCAUCUUGAGGUCUCAGCUGGUGAGCCAGAAAGAGGCCAUCCAGCCCAAGAAUACAAUGACAGAUUCUACAAUACUUUUGGAAGAUGUACAAAAAAUGAAAGAUAAAGGUGAAAUAGCACAAGCGUACAUUGGUUUGAAGGAAACAAAUAGACCACCUGCCAUGGAUUACCAUGAGUUGAAUGAGGAUGGAGAGCUGUGGCUGGUUUAUGAAGGGUUAAAACAAGCCAACAGGCUCCUGGAAUCCCAGCUCCAGUCUCAGAAGAGGAACCACGAGAACGAGGCCGAGGCCCUCCGUGGGGAGAUCCAGAGCCUGAAGGAGGAGAACAACCGGCAGCAGCAGCUGCUGGCCCAGAACCUGCAGCUGCCCCCGGAGGCUCGCAUUGAGGCCAGCCUGCAGCAUGAGAUCACCCGGCUGACCAACGAAAACUUGUAUUUUGAGGAAUUAUAUGCAGAUGACCCUAAGAAGUAUCAAUCCUAUCGGAUUUCACUUUACAAACGGAUGAUUGAUCUAAUGGAACAACUUGAAAAACAAGAUAAGACUGUCCGGAAACUGAAAAAACAACUGAAAGUAUUUGCCAAAAAAAUUGGUGAACUAGAAGUGGGCCAGAUGGAGAACAUAUCUCCAGGACAGAUCAUUGAUGAACCUAUCCGUCCAGUCAACAUUCCCAGGAAAGAAAAGGAUUUCCAAGGAAUGCUGGAAUACAAGAAGGAAGAUGAGCAAAAACUUGUUAAGAACCUGAUACUGGAACUGAAGCCACGUGGUGUGGCAGUCAAUUUGAUUCCAGGAUUACCAGCAUAUAUCCUGUUUAUGUGUGUUCGACAUGCUGACUACCUGAAUGAUGAUCAGAAAGUAAGGUCAUUGCUGACAUCAACAAUUAACAGCAUCAAAAAAGUAUUGAAGAAAAGAGGUGAUGAUUUUGAAACCGUUUCCUUCUGGCUCUCUAACACAUGCCGAUUUUUGCACUGUUUGAAGCAGUACAGCGGAGAAGAGGGCUUUAUGAAGCACAAUACAUCUCGCCAGAAUGAACACUGCCUCACCAAUUUCGACCUGGCUGAGUAUCGGCAGGUGCUGAGUGACUUGGCCAUUCAGAUCUACCAACAGCUCGUUCGGGUGUUAGAGAACAUCCUUCAGCCAAUGAUCGUCUCAGGCAUGCUGGAGCAUGAAACAAUUCAGGGCGUGUCCGGAGUGAAGCCCACAGGGCUAAGAAAGCGCACCUCCAGUAUUGCUGACGAGGGCACCUACACGCUGGAUUCCAUUCUUCGGCAGCUCAAUUCCUUCCAUUCAGUCAUGUGUCAGCACGGCAUGGACCCAGAACUGAUCAAGCAGGUGGUCAAGCAGAUGUUCUACAUCGUGGGGGCUAUCACCCUGAACAACCUCCUCCUGCGGAAGGACAUGUGCUCCUGGAGUAAAGGCAUGCAGAUCAGGUAUAACGUCAGUCAACUGGAAGAAUGGCUACGUGACAAGAAUCUGAUGAACAGUGGAGCUAAAGAAACCUUAGAACCUCUCAUUCAGGCUGCUCAGCUUUUGCAAGUGAAAAAGAAGACAGAUGAUGAUGCAGAAGCUAUUUGUUGCAUGUGCAAUGCUUUAACUACUGCCCAGAUUGUCAAAGUGUUGAAUUUGUAUACUCCAGUUAAUGAGUUUGAAGAAAGAGUCUCUGUAUCAUUUAUUCGUACUAUACAGAUGCGUUUACGAGACAGGAAAGACUCUCCUCAGCUGCUCAUGGAUGCUAAACACAUCUUUCCUGUCACCUUUCCUUUUAACCCAUCCUCCCUCGCACUAGAAACCAUCCAGAUUCCAGCCAGCUUGGGCCUGGGAUUCAUUUCACGGGUCUGAACAUGAUGCCCAGGCAAACAUUGACAAUACGUUUCUUGCCUGAAAUAAGAACACAUUAUUUCCAGUAAGCUACUGAAAAUACAUUUUUAAAGAGAAAGUACUGAUUAUCUCCAGAACAAGAGAUUAGUAACUGGAAAUCUCCCUUGAAUGCUUUCAUCACCUUGGAAACAAAGAUAUGCUCCUUUGUGUUGUAUUAUCUUUACAGCAACACUCAUCCUUGAUCAGUUAGGUACCCUGAGUCUAAAUGCAGGUGAAUGAUGGAAUGAAGGGAGGGAGAGAGGAAGGAGAGGAGGAGGAAAAUGUGUCUUCAGCUGCCAGCAUUUAUUUUAAAUCCUUAACACUGCAUUUAAGUGGUAUAAAAAACAUAAAUUCCUUAUAUGAGCUGUUGGUAGGAAGGCACCAAGAAAGAACCUCCUUUGUACUAAACAGAAGAAUUGAAAGAAAAGUCGCCCUUGAGUACAUAUCAUAUCAGUUUAGGAAUCAAUUGUGUUGAUAUUGUCAAACUGGAUCAAGAAAUAAACUGGCAAUAUGUAAAGUAAUUGGUCAAGUAACUUCCUUAUUUGUGUCACUAUGAUAUAGAGAUAUUAAAUGAAUGUUGGUUUGCUAUAUAGCAUAGAUGUCCAUUUACUGUAGCUUACUGAGCAUUUUAAAUUGCUGCUAUAUAUUAUCUUCUUAAAAUGUAAGUGAUAUUCUUAUUAGGCACUACAACAAUAAGCUCUUUUAUCAACUGUUUACAAUUCAAUCAAAUCACAGUUUUAACUGGAUUAUAUGCAAAUAUCUAUGGAUUCACCUGCACAAGUAGAAGACACUGGAAAGUCAUGUAGUAAUAUGACAAAAUGCUUGACACUUAGGGGUAGGAUUAGACCAAGUGGCUACGGUUGAUGUCAUUAUUUAUUCAGGAUAUGUUACACUGAUGUGCUAUUAAUUUCCCGUGGGUGGAUAUUGCAUCAGGGUACAGUGUUAUGUGAAGUGACUUAUUUUUAGUUACCACAUCUGAUUCCUGCAGUGCAUAUUUUCAACCUCAACAACUUUUCUUUCUUCUUCUUAAUUUAUUAAGAAUAAAUUUCAGUCACUAUCUAGAAAAGAUUGUCAGAAUAUUCAUGAUUCAGAUCUUGAAACAUUGAUUAUCCUAUAAAUUAUACAAAGAAGGUAUAUAAUAUUUAAUUAAUGAUUCAGUUUUUAGGCUUUGCAACUUCUGUAAAUGUUCUCAGAUGCCACUAGAUACUUUAAAAAGCAUCAUAUUAGCAAUAUUUUAAGAAAACUUACAUAAGGAAAUAUAAGAAGAUUGUUGAAUUUGACAGAGGAUUUGGUUCUGUAAGACCCAGAUUCUAUAAGUUUUCAUUCUGAAGUUCUAAUUAAACAUACUCACCAUUUUUUUCUAGAAACCUUGUACAACAAAUCCUUCAGGCCGUGCAAAAGCAAAUUCUUAGCUUUCAUUAGAAACGCUGGUUCUGAGUUACGAUCAUAGAUUAUAUAACUUAACUGUUAGAUGGUCUAUAAAAAUGACAUAUCUUAUUAAAAUAUGUGCAAUAUUAUUUAUAGAAGUCAAACAGUUUCAAAUCAGUGAUAAACAUUACUAUUAAAAGAUAAAUACUGUCAAUUUAUUUGGGCCUCAGUUUCCUUGCUUAUAAAAUAAGAGGGCUGGACAACUGAUUUUUAAGGUCCCUUCCGCAUCUAAACUUCUCUCCUCUCGGCAUUUGGAUCCUAGAGAAAAGAGCUGCAGCUAAUCAGUAAGUCCAUCGUCUGGUGGAGAGAGAAGUGUGUGGUUCCUGUCAAUUCCGUAGGAUUAGUGAAAUGUAAAAUUACAAGUUUGUGUAGCCGCAACCUCUCUCAAACGUACAUGAUUUAUGUAUAUGCUUUAAAAAGUCCUACUAUAUUUGUAUUAUUUGAAAAUUCAUUAGUUUAAGUCAGUUUUAUUACAUCAUGUACUGCUUUAUUGAGUUUAUUUAUUUAUUUGCAAUAUCAACCAAAAACACUACUAAUUCAAUCAGAUUCUCCCAAUUUUUCCUGGUUGUCAAUGUGGUUUUCACUGAACAAUUAAUUCAUAAUCAUGUGGUUAGUACUGACUGUGUCAGAGUCUAACAGCAUAGAUGGGACAUGAGGGGGGAGUUGCUAGGGAAAUACAACCAUGGUAGGCUGUCCACCUCAGCCCUGGAAAUCCUCCCGGACCCUUCCCCCAGCUUAGUCCUGUGCGGUGUGACCCACGCACUCCCUGAAUCUUGUCAGAUCUUCAAGAUCACUCUGUAGCGCCCACUGCCAUGCAGCCCUUUUUCUUACUCUAGAGAGCCCAUGUCCUGAAGUGUCUCUGGUCUGGGCCUUUACCUCUCUCCUGUCUCCUGUCUUUCUGCUGUCACGUGUUGGAGCCACUGUUCCACACCUGGGCCAGACCUCCCACUGCUGCCUUGUGCCGUUUCUCCUGUUCCAGUGAUGGUGGCACAAAGGUUGUGCUACUCCAGGGCUCCAGCUUCCUCCAGGGCCUACCCAGAACCCCAGACGGGGAUCUGAAUUAACUUCUCAUGGUGGCCUAAAGAUUGUUAGUCAUGAAAAGCAUACCCUAAAACCAGGGAACCCCAGUACAUGACUCUGGUAUACUACUUUCUUAGGUGCACGAGAUUCUGCUGACUGUGGGUUCCCUUUGACCAGCUUGAGGAUUGCCUUCCCUCUGUCCACACUCUCUCACUCACCUUCACACACACACCCCUGCCAGCCUUUCCCCUGCCCAUGUAACCAUCUCUUCUCCUUCCCUCAACUUGCCACGUAUCCCGUCCCCUGCAGACUUGCCUGCUGUUAGUGCACUGAAAGCAGGUGGAUGGAAUCAGUCCUCAGUUGCCCCAGCUGGCCCUCCUGGUGCUUAUCCUCAGGCCAAUCUUUGCACAAGUUCUUGUUCUCAAUUCUCUGCAAUACAUUCUUUAACCUUAUCGCUAAUUGGCGUUUUCGUAAUUCCUCUGUGCCACACAAUAGCAAUUCAAAGGCAGAGAUUUUAAAAGCCACCACAGUUCUUUGUCUCUAUAGUCCCCUCCCCACCGACAUUACAUACAGACUCACCUGACGUCUUGGAACACAAAGCUAAAAAUUAAAAGUAGUUUCCCUUCUUGUAGCUUUUUUUUAGGCUGAGGCUUUGAUCUGCCUGAGAGUAACUCUGAAAGGAGGGAAGAUGAAUAUGAGAUAAAAUCCUCAAACGUGUAGCUUCACGAUUACUUUGGAAGUUUUGAAAAUUUCCAUAUACCUGACACUUCUUUCAUUGGAUGCAAAAGUACCAAAAUACAUUCCAAAGCCAACUGAUAGGAGAUUUGGGGGAUUUGUGUCAGUUUGGAUGAUUUACUUUGUUAUUCCUUCAUUUCAGUGCGUAAUUGAGAGUUGGCCCUUUCUGGGUGAGUAAUUCUGUGUAAUAUAUAUCAACUCUUUUAAUAACAUAGUGAGGGAGCUAUGAAAAUAUUUUAUUAGAAUUUCAGUGUAGUGAUUGUUGUGAGAAAUUUCCUGGUAACCCAAGAAAAAUGGUUACAAGCCACCAUCCUGAGAAGUCCUCACAGAAUAUUCUCUUUCUCUUUCUCUCUCUCUCUGUCUCUCUCUCACAGAGUUGCCAGUUCAUAGAGUUCCUCAGCAGGUAUUGUUGAGGGGCCUCUGGGUGAUGUCAACUGCUUAGGGUAAAACAGACAGCUACGAUUAGCGUGUGACGCUGACAUGGUCCUAUUGAAAGUAGUGCAGAAACAGUACCUGUGUCCAGAUGUGCUUUCCUGCAGCACUCUCCCUCUGUGUUACCUCACUGCACCCUCACAGCAGUGUGGGUGGUAGAUAGGGUGGCUUCUGCAGUCAUUCACUGAUGGUAACGUGAGAUAGAGAUAAUAUGGUUGGUCAGUGACCCUCCUGCAAUCAUAGAGCCCUACAGCGGUUGCACUGUCCCAUACAAAGCAGUGGCAGGGUGGGCACAUGUGAGGCAGGAGGCUUUAAAAAGUCACACUUUUUAAAGGAGGUCGCGUUUUGUCCCUUCUAGUACCCGUGGGCUCUCUAGGCCAGCAAGGGGUGCUCUUUUUCCUUAUCAGAGUCGGCAGCUGGCAUGUGGGAACUGAGCAAAUGAUGAGUGCCAGAUUAUUUGUUCUAAGGAGACCAAGUACCCAGCGCCAGUUGGUUUUCUUUUUUAUCAUAGUUACCUGCUAUAACUAGGCUUGACUUUUGUCAUGAAUCGGUGCUCACUGGAAGGGUGCGCUACUCUGUGGUUAGGCAUUAAUUAGUAGCAGCUGUCUCAACCAAAAAGCCAGGAAACAGUGCAAGCCUUUCUAAAGUUAAGAGGAAGGUCACUCUCCACACACCCCUCAGAGUCCCUGUUACAGCCAUCAGGUGAGCUGCACAGCCGCAGGCCACCCUCCCAAUUUAGGUCCUCAGCACAGAGGAGCCCAGGCCACUGGGCACCUUCUGAGGGCUGUCCACCGGACAGACCACCUACAAGUCAAUGUGUAUUUGGACACGACGGUGUGUGCAUGCUGCAGGUGUUGACCUUGGAGCUAGGAGGUGUGCCGUGUGCAUGCGUGUUACAGAGGCUCUGUGUAUUGCCGUGGCCUCUCUGUGGCUAAGUGCAUUGUAAUUUGUUCUCAGGCUGUGCUGUGAGGGCCGCCUUAACCCUUGCUCCCUUCCCUUCUAGAGCUGCCUUAAGUUCUCCAGAACUUUUCCUCUGUGAGGGGUAUCUUGCCUGGAAGGAUAUCUUGCCCUGUUUCUCAAGGUUUUCUGAAGGUUUUGAUUGGGGGUGGCCUCCAACCACUAAUUCCUUUCCCCUCUUCCUGCAUGACUCCCCUCCUCCUGUCACUUUCUCCUUCCUUUCCUGUCCAAACAGGGAUUAGAACUACAGGGCAGCAACAAUCUCAGAGCCAAUGUAAUGUCAGCUUAGAAAAUGUUCCUGAGUUAGUGGAACUCUGUGUCACAAUAAGCAAAUUAACAUAUGGAAGAAAUACAGAGAUAGGCUAGAUUCUUGGUAAUACUUCAAAGUCUUGUUUUCCACUAACCUUUUCUUAAGAAAGGUAAAGGGUACAACUCUAAAACUUUUCAUGGACGUUCUUGAAAAAACAAAUUUUAAGAACCCUACAUUAUAAAAGGUUGAGUAAAAACAGGAAAGAGUGCUAUAAGUUCUAAUCCAUUGUAUUACCCUAAAUUAAACAAACCAACUCAGAAUUAAAGUAGAUUUCUCAAUAGAUCAGGAAAUGAAAAAUACUAUGUAAAAUAUCUUCCAAAAUGCAUUUUAUACAUUUUUUAUUUUGUAAUUUGAUCUAGCUAAAAUGUUCAUUAGCUUAACUUGAUAGGUAUUAUUGGAUUCAUAAAAUGUCUGAAAAUGACUAUCAUUUCCUUAGUAUUGUAAUGCUUGAAAUAUUUGAAAGAAAAAUGAUUUUUUUUUUUUUUUUAGUUGAAAUUGGUAUAUAUAAUUCAAUGCUUGGUAAGUCAGUACAUUUUCUUGCAUUUUUCAGUCACCAGUUUCAAAUAUCUUAUUGUUACCAUUCUGUUAUAAAAUUUUAGCCUACAUUUCAGGCUUUCUAAAUCAUUUGAGCCAUUAUGUUUUUCUAAAAAAUGGUGAGUUUUUUUAAAAAUAUGGAUAUGUAUGUUGUAAUUUAUGAUUCCUAGUUAUGUAUUUUUGUAGGAUCGCAGAGUAACAUUGAGUUUUUUGUGUCUUUGGAAAAUUUCAAUUGCUCUAACAGUGUUGCACAGAAAUGAGCUCAUGACAUCUAACAUACUGUAUUUUGUUAACUUUAUUUAUUAAUUUACUAUGAAAUGGACAUGCCUUUUAACUAUGAUGAAAUUGAACAUUGCAGUUUUUUGUAUAUUUUCCCUUGUUGGGUCUGGAGAAGGAAUUCUACUUUGAUCUGCAUAGAAAAACAUGAUAUCAUCUUUGGAAAGUUCUUAAGUGAAAUGUUUACCCAUUAAAAAGGAAGCAGAAAUACUUCUGAGAAGUGAAAGGCAUUAUCAACUAACUCUGGUUUUAAACUGAACCCAUUCUAGCAUAUCUUAUGUGAAAUUUUUAAAAAUAAGUUAAUAAUUCACCUCAUAUCAACGAAAGCCUUUGAAACAUGGGUUUUCACUAGAUAUCACCUAGUGCUAAGAUAAAAACCAAAACAAUAUCAGAAUGACAUUUAUGCUCUAAAUUUGUAGUUGUCUAAUAUUGUGCUUAGUAAAUGUGUGUCAUUAAUGCUGUAUUCUCCUAGCUAUUAUAGAAUAUUGUUUAAAUAAAGAUAUGAAUAUAAA